CGCAAGAUGGCGGUGGCGUCGCCUUUCAGCGGCGCUCUGCAGCUGACCGACCUGGACGAUUUCAUCGGGCCCUCGCAGGAAUGCAUAAAGCCAAUUAAGGUUGAGAAGUCUGGGAAAGUAGCAGCUAAGAUCCGUAUUGAAGAUGAUGGAAGUUAUUUCCAAGUUGGCCAGGACGGCGGGUCCCAAAGACUGGAGAGGGCCAAGAUUACCCUGAAUGAUUGCUUGGCCUGCAGCGGUUGCAUCACCUCGGCGGAGAGUGUCCUAAUCACUCAGCAGAGCCACGAAGAGCUCUGCAAAGUGCUGAACGCCAAUAAGGCAUCCAGUUCAUCCAAGAAAUUGGUGGUGGUGUCUGUAUCUCCACAGUCCAGAGCUUCUUUAGCUGCAAGAUUCGGAAUGACUCCUUUAGAUGCAGCUAAGAAGCUGACGGCCUUCUUUAAGAAUUUAGGUGUGCAUUUUGUCUUUGACACAACUUUCGCCAGGAACUUCAGUUUGCUGGAAAGCCAGUGGGAAUUUAUGCAGCGUUUCCAGAGACGAGCAGAGGAUAAGAAGGCUUUGCCCAUGUUAGCCGCUGCCUGCCCUGGUUGGAUCUGCUAUGCUGAAAAAACCCAUGGGAAUUUUAUCAUCCCAUACAUCAGCACUACCAGAUCACCUCAGCAGAUCAUGGGCUCCCUGAUUAAGGACCGCUUUGCCAAACACCAGUGCCUGACACCAGACCAAAUCUAUCACGUAACUGUGAUGCCUUGCUAUGACAAAAAGCUAGAAGCUUCCAGGCCAGAUUUCUUCAUUGAAAAGCACCAAACCCGUGAGGUUGACUGUGUGAUUACAACAGAAGUACAUAAAAGAAAAGGGGACCAACAAUAG